CAAUUGGAAUUGGAAAGAAUGUUUACUUCGAGUGAAAUAAAUGCUUCUUCAUCUGCUGACAGCGUCAGAAAAUCGAACGACAUGUUCAUUAAGUUUUCAGCACAAGUAUUCGCUAGUCAUUUUCGUGAAACGAGAGCAAGAUUGGGACUAGCCGCGGCUAUACCGGUGGAUCUUGGUGGAAAAAUUGCGGAACUUGGAUCAUCAGCAAUUAAUACGACUACAACAUCACACGCAUUGGGAUCCUAUGAAGAGGAAUAUGGUGAUUAUGUACCACAUCCACGCACUGACUUCAAUUCUCCUGUCAACACUUGGAUGUACACCGAUGUCGUGCGUAAACUCGACUUUGUUUGUGUUUUGGUGCCAAUGCUGACUGGUACUACUAACGUUGAUUUUACUUUGCCAUUGGAUGGAUUAUCUCUUGAUAUAGAAUUUACAUGGCCGCGUCCCGUUUUUGACGCUUCAGUUCUAUUUCGAGAGCAGAUCAAAAAGAAAACGUUGAAUAUGUCAGAUCCAGAAGUGCAUGCGUUUUGUAUGCAACAAUCGAAAAAUAACAUAACUGCGAAGAAUUUGCCGACAAGUCGAAUUUCGGUAAAGCUGCCGUGCAAAGUGAUGCGUGAACCUUCGACAUGGAAGAAAACGACAUCAACAAUUGAUGGAUUACGAAUGGUUUAUAUGAAAUUUACCGCUAUGCAGAAGGAAAUGUUUAUAGAGGAAGCCGACACUUCACUCAAAUGGGAUUGAGUGAGGUUAAUGUAAUAUAAUUCAAUAAACAAGUUUGACUUUAUUCAGAGAUA